AUGACAUCGGCUGAUCUCCGAGAGCCGACACGCCGCAUUCGUACCGUGACACUGAGGGGCAGACCAGGUGCAGGUCAGAUCUCUCCAGGAUGGCCCGCGGGAGGUCCCGUCUUCUGCACCUACUGCAUCCGCUCCCAGGUACCUGCCGCCAAGACCUGCAGGACCUGCGACGCCUCCAUGUGCCCCGAGCACCUGCAGGUGCACACCAGUUCCAGUGAACACGACCUCUGCGAACCCACGGACUCCCUUCAUGACAGGAAGUGCCCCGUCCACAUGGAGCCCCUGACCCACUACUGCUCCGAGGACGCUUCCACCGUCUGUCACCACUGCCUGGUCGUCGGAGACCACAAGGGGCACGCGGCGGAGACUCUCCUCGACGCUUCCGAGAAGCAGAAGGAGAAGCUGGAGAACGCUCUGAGGAAACGUCGGCUGAGGGAAGAGAGGACCCGGAAAAGGAUGGAGAGACUGCAGGAGCAAAUCACCGACGCCGACAUUAAAGGAACGGCGAUCGCCGACAACAUGUCGUCCUUCUUUACGGACAUGAGGGAGCAGCUGGAAGCUCUAGAGAGGCAGAUGGUCCAGGAGGUCCGCGAGCGGCGGCAGAAGGUCACGGACUCCAUCCGCCAGCAGGUCCAAGAGCUGGAGGUCAAGAUGGAGACUCUCUCCAAGCAGAUAUCCUACACGGAGGAGCUGUGCCGAACGGCCGACCCGCUGGAGGUCAUGCGGGGUCAGAAGUUCGACAACUCCACCGCUUGCCUGGCGCAGGAGGCCGCGAGGAAAAUAAGCGACGAACCGGAUGGGCAAGAACUGGACGAAGUCUUCGUCCUCGUGACUCUGCACAGGAAUCUGUUGCGGAUCGUCAACAAAGUGAGGCGGGGCUUUUACGUUCCGGAGUCCUCCGAUCUGGCUUUCAACGCCAAAACCGCGGGGGACUUCGUCUUCAUUUUGGGGGACGGGAAAACCAUGUGCAAGUCGAGUCCGAACGCGAUUCGCCCGGAGAACCCGGAAAAGUUCUACUGCCCACAGGCGCUCAGCGGCAGGAGCUUUUCCAUCGGCCGGCACGCCUGGGAGGUGGAGGCCAGUGGCACCGGGGACUGGAUGAUAGGGGUGGCCUAUCCCAGCAUAGAAAGGACAGGACACCUCUCCUACAUCGGGAUCAACGACAAAUCCUGGUGCCUCCAAAAAUCCAACGGCAAAUAUUCGGUGAAGCAUAACUUCGUAGAAAGCCCCGUGGACGCCGAAUCCACCUGCCGCAGGUUCUUGGUAUAUCUGGACUACGACGCCGGCCAGCUGUCCUUCUAUCAGCUCAGCAACCCCAUCAGCCAUUUGCACACUUUCAGGGCGGACUUCACCGAGCCCCUUCAUGCCGCCUUCACUGUAGAUGACGGUGCCUGGGUGAGAAUUCGGACCUAG